GACAGCAGAUUGAAGCACGGUGAUUGGCCGACAGACAGCAUAGUUAGGAUCGAUUCCUGUAGUCAUACAGAGCAAAACAAAGUCUUGAAAUAGUUUAAUAGUUUACCUGUAGAUUCCGUCCGAUUGGAUUUCAUCUGUUUAAGGCGAAGGUGAAGCUUCGGUUGUAGAGCACGUUAAAGAGAGGAGCGGCUGCUCUCUGGGGGAGGCUGAAGAGUCUGAAAGAGGGAUUACUCGAAACAGCAAGCUUUACAGUAUUUCCCAAUGGCCGAGCCAAAUUUCCCCCCGCUGCCUGGAUUCAUUCCUCUCAAGCCGUGUUUCUACCAAGACUUUGAGGAGAUCCCUGAACAGCAUCGCAGCAUGUGCAAGAAAAUGUACCAUCUGUGGAUGCUUAACAGUGCCACACUUGUUGUGAAUCUUUUUGGCUGCUUUGCUUGGAUGUUUGGUGGAGGUGGUGUGACCAACUUUGGCAUGGCCAUCAUCUGGGUCCUCAUGUUCACUCCUUGCUCGUAUGUCUGCUGGUUCAGGCCCAUCUACAAGGCCUUCAAGAGUGACAGCUCUUUCAACUUCAUGAUCUUCUUCUUUGUGUUCAUGGCUCAAGUUGGGAUUAGUGUCAUCCAAAGCAUAGGCAUCCCAGGAUGGGGAGUAUGUGGUUGGUUGGCUACUAUCUCCUUCUUCAGCUAUAAUAUUUUGAUCGCACUGAUCAUGCUGGUCCCUACAAUCAUGUUCACUGCUGUGGCCUGUCUGUCCUUCAUUGCACUCACCAGGAUCCAUAAUUUCUACCGGGGCAGUGGGGCUAGCAUGACUAAAGCUCAGGAGGAAUGGGCCACUGGAGCCUGGAAGAACCCUCAUGUCCAAGCAGCAGCCCAGCAGGCUGCUAUGGGUGCUGCAGCUGGAGCAAUGCAGGAGCAGUACUCCAGCCCACAAUACAAUGAAAACCAGAUGUAGAAUUUUCAAGACAGAAGGUCAAGGACAUGAAGUCACAGCAAUGCCAAAGGCUGAACAACCGGGCUGUGAAGAUCUUAACAAUCUCUAUUGACAGGGUUGAUUCUUAAAAAGCAACUCUUUCUUACACUAUGCAAACAAAUAGCUCUUAACAUAUAUGGGAAGCUGGAAUUUUGCCUUCCUCUAUUAAAGGACAUGCUAAUCAUUUGUAGUCUUUUACACGUGUUUCGUAUGUGUUUAUACUCUUCAAAUGAAAGUAGUUUUCAAGACGUAGUAGCUCCAUUCUAUGAGCUGGAUAUUAAUAUGUCAAUCUGCAUGUUUUUGUAGCAAGUUUUACAAACGAGGUCAAAAAGGUUAUAACCACCUUUGAAGUAUUUAAAUGAACAUAUUAUUAUACUAAUGUACUGUUAGAAUGAUGAACUAUUUAGGAAGUUGCUUCAUCUUUUCUUUUUUGACUUAAACCAAAGAUCCAGUGUCACUUUGUAACUUUAUAUUAGAUGAUGCUACUCUGUAAAACCUAACUAAAACCUCAUUAAUGAUUCUAUGCAGUUCAUCAGUGAUUGCAUUGUAAAAUCAAAGGAAGCUGCAGUACUGAAUGGUGUGUAACUGUUACAGUAAGAAAGAGCAUUAUUACAAGCCUUCAGGUGGAAAUAUAUUUGGAGGGCCCUCUUUGAUGUACUAGGUGCUUCUUGUUGACAUGCUUAUUUUCCACCAAAAAACAUCAGAUUUACAUCACAGGUUUAAAUGAGUUGUAAUGGUUAUUUUACUUUUAGAAAAACAAAAAGCGUCAGAUAUCUGACAUGUGUUCUGUGUUCUGAUCUUCAGUUUGUCUAGAAAAGUCACUGUUUUGUAUUGAAUGUCAAUUUAGGGUGUGCCCAUUUGUAAGAUGCAAAUGUUCCAUUUGCCAGAGAAUCAGCAUCUUGCUGUUUGGCAGGUUGACCACAGAGAGGCGCUGAUGGUUUUAGCAUGAAAUAAAAAGCUCCAACACGUA